GAGUGACGCCUCUGAGCCGCGGAGAAUUGUGGGAGGAGGUUGUCUCCAAUUUCUCCUCCCCCCUCCCCCUCCCAGCCAAGAUGUCUGACAUGGAGGAUGAUUUCAUGUGCGAUGAUGAGGAGGACUACGACCUGGAAUACUCUGAAGAUAGUAACUCGGAGCCAAAUGUGGAUUUGGAAAAUCAGUACUAUAAUUCCAAAGCAUUGAAAGAAGAUGACCCAAAAGCAGCAUUAAGCAGUUUCCAAAAGGUUUUGGAACUAGAAGGUGAAAAAGGAGAAUGGGGAUUUAAAGCACUGAAACAAAUGAUUAAGAUUAACUUCAAGUUGACAAACUUUCCAGAAAUGAUGAACAGAUAUAAACAACUAUUGACCUAUAUCCGGAGUGCAGUCACAAGAAAUUAUUCUGAAAAAUCCAUUAAUUCUAUUCUUGAUUAUAUCUCCACUUCUAAACAGAAUUCUGAUUUUUUAUGUCAGAUGGACUUACUGCAGGAAUUCUAUGAAACAACACUGGAAGCUUUGAAAGAUGCUAAGAAUGAUAGACUGUGGUUUAAGACAAACACAAAGCUUGGGAAAUUAUAUUUAGAACGAGAGGAAUAUGGAAAGCUUCAAAAAAUUUUACGCCAGUUACAUCAGUCCUGCCAGACCGAUGAUGGAGAAGAUGACCUGAAAAAAGGUACACAGUUAUUAGAAAUAUAUGCUUUGGAAAUUCAGAUGUACACAGCACAGAAAAAUAACAAAAAGCUUAAAGCACUCUAUGAGCAGUCACUUCACAUCAAGUCUGCCAUCCCUCAUCCACUCAUCAUGGGAGUCAUCAGAGAAUGUGGUGGUAAAAUGCACUUGAGAGAAGGUGAAUUUGAAAAGGCACACACUGAUUUUUUUGAGGCCUUCAAGAAUUAUGACGAGUCGGGAAGUCCAAGACGAACCACUUGCUUAAAAUAUUUAGUCUUAGCAAAUAUGCUAAUGAAGUCGGGAAUAAAUCCUUUUGACUCACAGGAGGCCAAACCAUACAAAAAUGAUCCAGAAAUUCUAGCAAUGACAAAUUUAGUAAGUGCCUAUCAGAAUAAUGACAUCACUGAAUUUGAAAAGAUUCUGAAGACAAAUCACAGCAACAUCAUGGAUGAUCCUUUCAUUAGGGAACACAUUGAGGAGCUUUUGCGAAACAUCAGAACACAAGUGCUCAUAAAAUUAAUAAAGCCUUACACAAGAAUACAUAUUCCUUUUAUUUCUAAGGAGUUAAACAUAGAUGUAGCUGAUGUGGAGAGCUUACUGGUGCAGUGCAUAUUGGAUAACACUAUUCAUGGCCGAAUUGAUCAAGUCAACCAACUUCUUGAACUGGAUCAUCAGAAGAGGGGUGGUGCCCGAUAUACUGCACUAGAUAAAUGGACCAACCAACUAAAUUCUCUCAACCAGGCUGUAGUCAGUAAACUGGCUUAACAGAGAACAUGCUUUUACAGACAUACUUAAAGCAACAGUGCAGAGAUAGAAUUCUUAAAAGAACUGGGAAUGGCAAAACUACUGUCGGUUGAUGUGUCCUGAAAAUUAUUGGCGUUAUGGCAGAAGUGCUUUUUUUGAUCAACUGGUUUGUGUUUUGCUGCUGCAUUUAUCCCAAGAAAAACAGCUUUAAUCUCCAGAAGAAAACCAAAAUGCCAUGGGAUUUAUGCUGUAUUGACAUCUUGCCCUAAACAUACAACAUCAUAGUAAUUUGUCAUGGGCAACAUGACCAGAGAGAAGAUUUUUGUCAUGAUUUUAAAUAACACUGACACGCUACUGUUGGUUAAAUUUAAACAUGUUUUACCUGCAGAAAUUCUCUCACAAAUAACCUGCAAUAACUUGAAAUGCAUACCCUUUUGAACACUUCCUUUUCUCAUGUAUAAAUUAAAAUGUUUGCUGCAUUUUGCAAAAUGUCAAUUCUCCAAAAAUGUGUCCGUAUAUUUCUGUACCUGCAGUGUAGUAAAGGUUUAGAUGAAACCCCAUAACUAUAGUGGCAUACUGUCACUUAGGUUUCAAGCAGCAAAAUAAACAGUGCAGCUCAGAAAUUCUAGUUUGGUUCUUGACGUGUUUUUUUUAUUGCAUUUGGGAUUUUGGUUUUUUUGUUUUUUAGUACCUUAGAAAUUUAAAAUUAUUUUAUUGCUAGUUAAUGAUUUUAAAAGCUUGGGGGCAAAUGAGUUUAUUAUUUGCUUUCGAGUCUGUAAAAGUAGUCUUUAUUGAUACAGUAAGGGGAACUAGUUUAACACUUGCGUAGUGCUUACUUUGACAGUGAUGCUUUAAAGGAAUAAAAAAACAUUUUUCUAAGAAUGAUUCCUUUUUAAAAGAAUAAAUUUUAGGUCUAAGAUUGUUCACUUUAAGCAAAUAUGCCAGAACAUAGACAGCUAAAUGAAUGUUACCCUGCAUAGUAAUCAUGCUGGAAGAUUAUUUCCCAAUUCCAGCAACCUACCACUGCUCAAAACUUUUUUUUCAAUGCUUUUUUAGAAUUGCAUUCAGAGCUAAUUUGGGUCACAAACACUACUAACUUUGUGAUUGACAUCACAUUCUUUAAAAAAUGAAGAUAUUACCAAGCUUGAUUGAUUUAUAUCUACCACUAUUUAGCACUUAAUGACUUUGAUAAUUUCCAAAAAUUAUACCUGUCUUUGAGGUAAUAAUACAAAGUAUGCAACAGGCUUUGAAGGCAAUCAGAAGGUAUUUUGAGCAGUUGUAGCAUAGUUAAGAGAAUGAACUGUGGUAGCUUUCCAAGGUGAUCACCUUAAGGGAAACACAGCUCAUUUGAAUGUAUUGCGUUUUGGAUGUAUUUGUUUCAUUUAAGAAAAAAAAAGCUCACAUUAUUUUAUAGUGUCAAAGGAAAGAACUAAGAUUAAGGUAAUUUCUUUUUCUAUCGCUUGUUACUGUAUAAAAAGUAAGUGGCAGUUCAGAAGGAAGACUGUUGUAACUGAAGAAUGAUAACCAAGAAUUUUUGAUCACUAAAUCAGAUUUUAUAAACAGUAGAAGGAGCAUGGACUUAAAACAAGGCAUGCUUAUUCGGUUUUGUCAAAAUUUUACGAAAAUAUGUGCUAUAUAUUUAUACUAAAACUAUAUAAUCCUUAGAUUUAGGAGAGCAGUCAGUUAUUGUCUUUAGCAGAUUAAAGCAGUAUUAAAUACAGGUACAAGUUGGAAAUUGUAGAAAAUUGAAAGAAAACGAAAGACAAAAUAAUGUCUCCAGUAGGGAAUAAAAAAGUUUAAGAUAUUAUAAAAUUAUGUGUAUUUUCUUCUCUUUUACAUAAAUCAUUUGUGACAAGUGUGCUAAUUUUUUUUUUACAGGAGUAAUAAUAACUAGGAUUUACUUUAUAAUUUGGACACCUUUUGUUACCCAAAUAAAAAUGACAAGUUUCUGUGCCUGUACUCAAAUAUUUAUGCAUUUGAUAACUGGAAAGAAGUUGACAGCCCUGCUAAACUGAAUGGAUGUAAUUAAAUUCAAGGGGUUUGAAUGAUUGAUUUAACCCUUACCCUCCAUCUUACUAUGCCUGGUUCUGUGAUAGCUUUGCUGCUGGUAGUAGUGCUGCUUCCUGUUUUUAAAGGGAAAGCAUGCUUGUUAUUCUUUCAGAAACCGGGCUAAGAAUACGUCAAAAGUAUGCCAUAAUCUUUCUAUAUUUCACAUUGGCUUUGUUUAAUAUUCCCUAGACAUCAUUCUGAUUUUUUGGAAAGUCAUUUGCCAUAUUUAUCUAGAAUACAGGUUUUUGUUGUAUCUUGAAAGUCAGUUUAAAACCGUUUUUUCCCCUUUAAACACAUAUUUGGUUUAUUUUUGUGCAGCAAAUUCUAUAAAGUUGAAAUCUUAGAAAUUACUUCAAUUUAAGAAAAGGAAGUAAUAAAAGCAAAGGAAGUAAAAAAAUGGCAAAUUAACAUUUAAUUUGCUAAGUAAAUCUUUGAAGUGAAAGCUAUAUUUAUAGUAAAAUGUAUCAUAUUGUAAUGUGAUUGUCUGGGUUUUUUUUGUUUUUGUUUUUAAUCUCUGAACUUGUAUAGGCUCACUCCACAGCACGUUGACUGCCACAAAUAGAUACUGAGGUUCCAUUACUUGUUACAGCUGUUAUAUUAAUUUUAAAGUGGUUUAGUUUUUCUCCAUAUCUUAA